UUUAACAGUCGUAUUUUAUUGUCUUAAAACUGGUUUUGUGGAGUGAGCCAUAUGCACGUUGUUUUCUGAAUGGUUUCAUGUACUCCACUUAUUCUAUUCUAAAUAUUUGUUUUAUUCCUAACUCAUGUACCUCCAUUACUAAACUCCAUUUUACCUCAGAGUAUCAGGCAGGCUGUGUAUUGACAGGUAUCUUUCAAUCCAGUACAUAUCUCGAUACAGGAGUGCUGAAAUGAUACAUCGUGUUGUAUUACACUACUGUAAGUUCAGCAAUGUAUUGUCAUAUUUGUUACCUUUUGAGCAAUGUUUUCUUACUCUGGAGUAUCAUCACCAACAGAAUGUAUGAUGCAUACAAGCAAAGAACCAGGUCUCUCCACUGCCUGACCCCAUUCUCUCUGUUGUGAUGCAGAAGUGUGUCUUUAAGUUCAGGUCGAUGAGCGUCUCUAUUCUUCGGUAAACACUUGUUGAUCUUGUUACCAUGGUGAUGGAUAGCAGCGGUGUGUUGGCCGACAUAACAAAUGGUUAAUAUUGAAGGAGACAGCAGCGGCUUGUCUUUGCUUGCUCUCCACAAAAGCUGCACCGACUGGUUGCAUAAUUGAGACUAAUGACAAAAGCAGAGUCUGACAGAGGUGUGUGUGUGUGUGUGUGUGUGUGUGUUGUCGGGAGCCAACGCUGCAUCAAUUAAAGUCCUCGACUCAGGCUCCUGUCAUGUGAUGGAAAUCUUCUUACGCAACUCCGCAGAGAAGCUGAUGUCUUCUCUCUGUUGUUUGAGAGGACGAGAUGAACUGUGACUUCCAGUCAUGGAAAACUUUCACUUGGAGUUUCCUGUCUCGUCCGCCGACUGGUUCCUCUCGUGGAGUCCUCAUGUCAGAUUUAACCAUGGUGAUUUCAAAGAGCCGCAGAUUAUUUCAAUGACCCUUUCAUUCCGUGGUGUUUUUUCUGUUUAUCUGUUGAUGCUUUAUGGUAGAGCCCAAUGUUGGGGACUUUGUAAAUGAUGAGAUCUGGAGCUGCUGAUGUGGCACGAUCUCUUUUCAAAGGACUUGUUAUGUCUGACUAUUUCUUCUCGUGACCCCACAGAAGUUUGCUGCGAGGAUGAGUGAUGCGAUCCUCAGACCUUCAAUGAGUGAGUAAACGGCCGCUGGUUGGAGCUUAGCGCUGAUCCUCCGGCGUGCACCAUGAGAAGAUGAAAACAAGCAGCGUUUAAUUCCUCCUCCCUGCGUGAGGAGUCUGCUCACCGCUUGUAAGGACCUGUGGGACUACAAGAACCAAGUCAAGGACACGCUCACACCCACACACCCUGCGGGAGGAUGGGAGCACGUCAAUAGAGAGGAGCGCCGCUUCAUGAAAUCCAAGGAAUAUUAAAACAAACUCUUGGUCCGUGCAUGUUUGCGUGAGAGGAGCCGACUACGAUGUGGACUGCAAUCCUGCAGGGUCAGCUCGCUGCCGCGCUGCUAUUGGCCAGCUGCCUGCAGUCAGUGACGACCACGGAGGAAGAUGCCACGCCUCGCAUCAGCUUCCCGUACAAUGCUAAAGAGCGCUCGUCCAAAAGGUUCUCUGCCAAAGGCGUCUUCAACUACACCUCUCUGCUGCUGAGCCAGGAGGACGACAUGCUGUACGUGGGCGCCCGCGAGGCCCUGUUCGCCCUCAGCCUCUCCGACAUCAGCAGGAGCAGGCUGCAGAAGAACUUGACCUGGGACACCCCUGCUGGAAAGAGAGAGGAGUGCAGCUUCAAGGGCAAAAGUCUUCAGACCGAUUGCUUCAACUACAUCAAAGUCCUGCUGCGACUCAACGCCACUCACCUAUACGUGUGCGGCACCUACGCCUUCAGCCCCGUCUGCGCCUAUAUCAACACGUCGACGUUCACGCUGGAGAGAGACGAGGCUGGCGAGAUCCUGAUGGAGGACGGUAGAAGUCGCUGUCCCUUCAACCCCGAGUACAAAUCCACCGCCAUCAUCGUCGAUGGUGAACUGUACACCGGAACCGUCAGCAACUUCCAGGGCAACGAACCCGUCAUCUACAAGAGCCUGGGUCAGGGCCCAGCUCUGAAGACGGAGAACUCGCUCAAGUGGCUGCAAGACCCUGUCUUCGUUGGCUCCACGACCAUCGAGGAGAGUCAGCCGGUGGGAAACCCAGUGGGAGACGACGACAAGAUCUACUUCUUCUUCAGCGAGGCGGGGAAGGAGUUCGACUUCUUCGACAACACCAUCGUGUCACGGAUCGCUCGCGUGUGUAAGGGUGACAAGGGAGGCGAGCGUGUGCUGCAGAAGAAGUGGACCACCUUCCUGAAGGCCCAGCUGCUGUGCUCCCUGCCCGACGACGGCUUCCCCUUCAACAUCAUCCAGGACAUGUUUGUGCUGAAGCCCAUGGGAGACAGCUGGGAGAGCACGGUCUUCUACGGCGUCUUCACGUCCCAGUGGUAUAAAGGGGCGUCGGGCAGCUCGGCGGUGUGUGCCUUCACCAUGGCGCAGGUGGAGCGGGCCUUUAGCGGGCGCUACAGGGAGGUGAACAGGGAGACGCAGCAGUGGUACACCUACAACCACCCGGUACCAGAACCCCGGCCCGGCGCGUGUGUGACCAACCAUGCCAGACAGAUGGGCAUCCAGUCCUCGCUCCACAUGCCCGACAAGGUGCUCAACUUCGUCAAGGACCACUUCCUGAUGGACAGCGUGAUCCGCAGCACGCCGCUGCUGCUGAAGCGCAGCGUGCGCUACACUCAGAUCGCCGUGCACCAGAUCCAGGGCAUGGAGCGCGCCUACGACGUGCUCUUCAUCGGGACAGAUGACGGGAAGCUGCACAAGGCCAUCAACGUCAACGACAAGAUGCACAUCAUCGAGGAGAUGGUUCUGUUCCCGCAUCCACAGCCCAUCCAGCACAUCGAACUGGACCCUCAGAGGGGCCUGCUCUUCGUCUCCUCCUACUCGGGUCUGGUGGAGGUCCCGGUGGCCAACUGCUCCAACUACCAGAGCUGCGGCGAGUGUGUGCUGUCCAGAGACCCCUACUGCGCCUGGACCGGGAGACUGUGCCGCGACGUGAGGAUGGCUCCUCCGGACAGUCACUGGCAGCAGGACGUGGAGGAGGCCGACACAUCCGCCAUCUGCAACCGAACGGUUCCCAGCGGCCGCUCCUUCAGGCCCGCGUCCUCCCGCGUCUCGCACUGCCAGCUCAUCACCAUCCCGGCCAACGCCUUCCGAGUCCUGCCCUGCAAGCUGCGCUCCAACUUGGCCCAGCGCAGGUGGCGCUACAGUGAGGGUGCCAGCAAGUUCCUCUACGCCACCCCGGAAGGCAACCUGGUGGUGGUGGCCCCGGCGGAGAGGACGGAGACGUACGAGUGCUGGUCGGAGGAGGAGGGCUUCCGGCAGCUGCUGGCCAACUACUGCGUGAGAGCCGAGCCCCGGCAGGAGAGCAGCACGCUGCCGAGGGGCCACUCGCCGCGCGCCCCGCACGUGCUCCCCGAGCAGAGCAUGGUCCUGCCGGGCGAGUCCCGCUCGCCACAGAGCCACACCAAGACCUACUGGAACGAGCUGAUCGUGGUGUGCGCCCUGCUGGCCUUCUCCCUGCUGGUCUUCUCUCUCUUCGUCAUCUACCGCAACCGCGACCACAUGAAGUCCGUGCUGAAGCAGGGCGAGUGCCCCAACGUGCCGCAGAAGAAGCCCAGGAUGGUGGGCAAGCCUGCCGAGAGCCUCCCGCUCAACGGCUCCACCAUCCCCGUCUCCACCUCCGACCACAAGGGCUACCAGACGCUCAACGACAACUACAUCUGCAGCACGCCCACGCACGAGUCCUCGCCCGAGAACAGCAAGAGCUUCUCCGAGGCGUCCGACCGGAGGCCGCUGAACCUGAAGGAGAGCCACGUGGAGUACUCGCCCACCUGCCCGCGGCCACGGGUGCGGCUGGGCUCCGAGAUCAAAGACUCCAUCGUAUGAGAGCCGGCGCCGCGGACGGUCCGACAGCGUCGCAACAUCCUUUAUGUUCGUCAGCGAGAGGCGAGGGACGGGACGGGAAGUGGACGGGUCCGUUCAUGGCAGCUGUUUUCUUUGGGUCAUUGCCGUCACCACUCGCAGUAUUUAUGACAGAACCUCGCCACCCUCGGGUUCUGAUCCAUGCCAAUGGUUUAGUGCUUCAUCUUGUCUGGGUCCGCCGCGACGCUCUGAAGUGUAUCGACAGUGUCGCGCUCUGACGGACCACAGGGGGUGAAGCAGCUCGGGAACCAACCACCCACCUGUUUAUUCCACUGGUUUCAGGUCGCAAAGUUGGCGGUUGAGGACCAGAACACUCGCUAGGAAUUACAGGUCAGGGUCCGAAAUAUCUGUUCCUAGACGCAGUAGUCUCUGUGACCCCCGUCCCGCUGAUGAGCGCCUCCUUCUGGCUCAGCUCACCUUUGUCCACCAACCAUUUCAUCUGAGCUUCAGCCGAAACCAUCCUGAAUCUCCAGGUCCUUCGGCGCAGCUCGCUUGAGUAUGUACUUCCUGUUUCCUGCCAGGUGGUCCGGAUCGUCCGCGCUGGUCUGUAACGUUGAAUGUACGCGACCCGGCACCUCGCUCAUGAUCAGGGCAGCGCAGACCUCCGCUGUGCCAACGUAGUAAUAAUAACCAUGGAGGUGCGCCCGCUGCGGGCCGAGGCCACGCCCUCGCUGCGGAGGAGCACAGAGCAGGUUCUCUUCAGGCACAAAGGAAUGUGAAGGUCGGACCUUUCAGACAGAACUGGAGCCGCUGCUUCGCUCGGACACACUCCGGUAUGACAGAAUGUUACGGUCACGUGACCCGUGUGUUUGUAAACUACAGCUGCAUGUCACGUUUAAGUUGUCUGAAGCUUUGCUGAGGGGCGUGGCCUGAGCUCCAGACCCGGAAACGCCACGAAGACACCAAGGUGUCCGAGGUUGGGUCCGAAGCCAGACCGGGGGUUUGGAUGGUCUCGGUCAGGCAGUGGAGAGUGCCACGUCAGUGGACACGCCCCCAGCAGCUUCCUCAGCCCUGUCCUGGGCUGAAGCGCUCGAGUUUCUGAAGGAGCCACGCAGCUCGGACCUGUGCGUCUCUGGUCCUGACCGCAGCUGCUCAUGAGCCAGUGUCCAGCUCUGAAUGUGGGCGGCACUCGCGCGGCGUGAUGGAGGCCAAGUCCGAAUUGUCCAAAGAUGUCGCCGGUCCAUCUUCACCUGAAUAUGUCGCGACCUGAAGAGCACAACAACGGUGGCUGUUACUUUUGACUCUGUGCUGUGUUAGCUGUGUGUGUGUUCAAGGGACCUUGUGUGUCGUAGAGCUAGUCUUCAGUCUAGAGCCGUCUUUCCUCCUGCACACAAAGCUCUCUGGGACCUUCGCGGCGGAAUGUGUCUGGCGAGUCCUCGACACGGACCUGUGGCGGCGACGUCGCGCUGCAGCAUUUCGGAUUGUAUCGGAAAGCUACGACAGGAAGUUAGCUUAGCACAAAGGCUGAACGACUUGUUGGAUGGAGAGCUGCUUGAUCUUGGGAUGCUAAUCGUGCUAGCUAGCAUGUCGUGACAACUGGUUCACAUGGAUGUGGAUUUGGGUCCUUCCUCACCUGGGGAUCCACUGGCUCUACUCCCUUGUGACCUGGGAGGAGGUGCGGGGCAGGCCCAGUGAUCAUAUCCGUCAGUGGUCCUGGAGCACCUCAGGGUUGGGCCUGAUCUCUGACCUGCGCUAACAACAAAGCUAAUGCUACGAUGAUCCGAGGAGGAGUCCAAGGGACACGCGUGAGAUCCUCGUGGAGUGAAGCUGACCUGCAUCCAUGUGAACUACUGUAGUCUGGCAGCAGCUGGUGCUGACGGGAGAGCUUCUUCCCACCAGAGGGGGAGCUGUUGCGCUACUUCACCUGUGACCUCCAGACCUAUCCUCACUACUCUCCGUCACCAAGGCCAAACGGGACGCAGUGACCACACAGCCGAGCUCUUGCCUGCAUGAUUCUCUUUUCUAAGUCGACUGUCGAGUACAAACUGUAUUGUAUUUUUUUGUAUCAUGAGGUUGUGACUGUUGUUUUUAUUCUAUUGUACAUAAGAAGCACUUUAUUUUAAGUUUUUCAAUAAAUGAAUCAAAUAAAUGUUUUUGAACGAAA